AUGAAUCCAGGCGGAGAAGGCGCGCCAAAUAGGCCAAACAACCCGCCCGACCAAGAGAGGAGAGCCAAUGAUCCUCCUAAUCCAGCAGAAGCUAGAGCUGACCAGCCAGCACCGGCCAGAGACGUUCCUCCGCCCAAUCCGAACGCGCCCGAUGCAGCUGAGCCGCUACAGCCACCUCUUAACCCGCCGCGACCACCACCGGCGUUUGCAAAUGGACAUCAUCGUCACGGUGACAACCAAGGGAUGCCUCAAGACCAACCUCACGCACCUCCAAGGAGAGUGCCAAACGCGCAGCAUCCAAGGCACCAAACUAUGGGAGACUUUGAUUCGUCCGAUGCUUUCUUUAUGGAUCGGAAUCCAAUCCGACCGCCUCUACCUCCAAGGAACGAUUUUGAGAUCAAACCGCAGAUCAUUGCCUUGGUGAAGCAAAACCAAUUCCAUGGUUUGCCCACUGAGCAUCCUCUUGAUCACGUCGACACCUUUGAGGAGAUAUGUAGCACAACUCGUGUUAAUGGAGUAUCACCGGAUUACUUCAAGUGCAAGCUAUUCACUUUUUCUCUAAGUGACAAGGCGCUAAGAUGGGUAAAAUCUUUACCACCUCAGUCCAUUACAACAUGGAAUGAAUACAAGGGAGCUUUCUUGAACCAAUUCUACACUAAGCAAAGAUCCAACUCUAUAAGGAGCAAGAUUUCUGGUUUCAAGCAAGAUUCAAUGGAGUCAUUCUAUGAAGCUUUGGAGAGAUUCAAAGAAUAUACAAGGAGCUGUGAUGUCUUUUGGAGCAUUCUGGAGCAUAUGGGACAUAAGGAGCAUGGAGGGACUUGGCACAUGGAAGCAGCUCAACUGGAUACGCAAAGGAAGAAGGGAGAAGCCAUCUUGAAGACCAGCUCGACCGUCUACUCGACCAACCGGUCGAGUUCCUCAACUCGACCGGCCAAGCUUCAACUCGAUCGAGCUGAGAAGUCAAAGUCAAACCCGAAAAAUGUUGCUUCCCCCUUGACUUUCCUUUGA